CUCUCUCUCUCUCUCUCUCUCUCUCUCUCUCUCUCUCUCCUUAGCUUGUUUCUCUCUCUUCACCUUUCUUGAAUAUUAUAUAUGAAACCAAAACCCCCUCCUCUCAGCUUCAUCAUAUACCAUAGCAUAGCAUAGCGCAGUCAACUUCACUUUUUGUUUCUAUUUCAACCAACAAACCACACUCCCUUUUCUCUUUCUUUCUUCCCCAUUUCUUCUCUCUCUCUCUCUCUCUCUCUCUCUCUCAUUUUUUCCCAUUUUGCCUUAUUUUACUUGGUGUAUUAAAAUUAAUUCAUUCUUUUCAAGCAGUUGUAUUUAUAUAAAAAAAAAAUAACUAAGAAGCCAAAAAGAUUUAGUUGUGUUUGCAGCCUAGCUAAAUUGCAUGAUCGAAUGAUGUGGAUGAUGGGAUGCAACGAUGGUGGAGACUUCGAUAGCAUUCAAGAUCCCUUCACCGGCCGUAAGCUCCGCCCACUCAUGCCCAGACCAGCCGCCACCGCCGCCGCCGCCGCCGCCUCAACCCCACCUUGUUUUGCUGCCCGUAUACAUGGGACUGAUCUUCUUGCCCUAAAUCACCAUCUUGCGGCGAUGGCGGAGCAGAACAAGAGAGAGCUGAACACGCAACAGGUUGUGGUGAGUUCGCGGUGGAACCCAACACCGGAGCAGCUCCAAACCCUGGAAGAACUGUACAGGAGGGGCACGAGGACGCCGUCGGCCGAGCAAAUCCAGCAAAUAACCGCCCAGCUCCGGCGGUACGGCAAGAUAGAGGGCAAGAACGUCUUUUACUGGUUUCAGAAUCACAAGGCUAGAGAGCGCCAAAAACGCCGCCGCCACCUUGAAUCGCUCUGCGACGAACACCAACCCCACCACCAUAACAACAACAACAAUAUUCAGAUCAAUGACACCGCCCAAAAGAGACAAGAACCAGCUGCAGGGGGAAAUAGGACAGCAUUUGAAGUUGAACAGACGAAGAACUGGGCAUCUCUUACAAACUCAAGUACUACAAAUCCAGAGAAAAGUGGAGAAAUGGCAGCAGAAUGUAAAUUAGGGUCAGAUGGAUGGGUACAGUUUGACGAAGAGGAUGAAAACGACGACCCAGAUGAAACCCAGCAGAGGAGGAAUGCCACGUGGCAGAUGAUGCAUCUAUCCUGCUCUUCUUCAAUAUCCCCCACCACCCUCCACUCUUCUCUCACCUCUUCUUCCGCUGCUACUCCUACUAUGGAAAUGCACCACCACCACCACCCAGAUUUCAUCAACAUCUUCUUCGACCCUCAUCAGAAUCUUGGCCGCUCCGGCGGCGGCGGCGGUGGUGGUGGUGGGGUUAUUGAGGAGACACAGACCCUCCAGCUGUUCCCUCUUGAGAGCAGCGGCGGCGGCGGAGGAGGCGGCCAGGAUGAGGAGGAGGAGGAAGGCUGGGCGGGGGUGAAUUCAGUUACUCCGCCGUACAAAUUUUUUGAAUUCCUACCGGUGAAGAACUGACAAAUUAUGAAAAGGGGUGACUGGGGAUAUGUUUGACUUUUGGCAACAGUGUAAUGAAAUGAUAGGUGAUGGAUUUUCGUAUUUUGGCUGCAAAUUGGGAGCUGGGAUUUCUCUUUUUAUUAUUAUUUUAUUUAUAAAUAUGUUUUGAUUGAGGGUGAAGGGAUUGCAAAUUUUGGAAGGUGGGAAUGAAAAGAAAAGAUUGUCUUAAAAUGGAUUUGUACUAUGUUUUGAUUGGUAUAUAGGAUGAUUGUCAAACACCGUAGGUUUAUGGCAAUUC